AUGGGCAAAUAUGAGAAAGGUACGCCGAAAGAAAUUGCUAACAGAUGCAAGUCCAAGGGCUUGCAAAAAUUGAGAUGGUUUUGUCAAAUGUGUAAGAAACAGUGUCGUGAUCAGAAUGGAUUUAAGUGUCAUUUGACGAGUGAAACUCAUCAGCGACAGUUGCUACUCUUUGCUGAAAAUCCAGGCACUUACCUGGAGGAAUACAGCAGGGAAUUUGAAAGGAAUUUUUUGAAAGUAUUACGAAGCACUUUUGGGACAAAACGUGUCCGUGCCAACGAAGUAUAUCAAGAAUAUAUCCGUGACAAAUUGCAUACACAUAUGAACUCUACAAAGUGGCAUACAUUAACCAAUUUUGUUAUUUACCUUGGGGAAGCUGGUAUAUGUCGUGUGGAUCAAACAGAACGAGGGUGGUAUAUUGCAUGGAUCGAUCAAGAGGAAGAGUUACGGAAGCAAGCUGCACUUCAUAAGGUUAAGGCAGCUUACGACGAUGAACACAAACAACAGCAGUUACUAAGAGAGCAAGCAGAAAGAGCUCGUGAGAAGCAACAGCAAUCAGUAGAAGAAAAAACAAGUGGUCCUACUGAAUUAAUUCGUUCUAGUAAUGAAGAAAAAAUCAUUUUUUCAUUGGCAGGAAACAAAUCUGAUGAUGUGGAUGUUAACCAAGCAAGUUCAUCCAUGCCUACGAUUUCUCAUUCCGUGUUUUCUAGAAAAAUCAAAGAAGAGAUAAAGUAUGAAGAAGAUACCACAAAGAAGUCGAGAGAAUACAGUGAUCGAAAGCAAGAAGUGAGGCCAAGAAGGACUGCUUUGGAUGAAAUAAUGGAAAUGGAAGAACAACGAAAAGAGAAACAGAACAGAAAAGACAACUGGCUGCAUGAAAAGAUUAUAGUAAAAGUAAUGACCAAAAAGUUUGGAAACGAUUUUUAUAAAGCAAAAGGUGUAAUAAGACAAGUAGUGGAUGAUUUUACUGCUAUUUUGGAUGUGAAUGGUCAUUCAUUGGAAGUUGGUCAAGAAAAUUUGGAGACUGUGAUUCCUGCUGUUGGACGUGAAAUGUUAGUUGUUAACGGAGCAUAUCGAGGGACGAAAGCAAUAUUGCAGGCUAUUAAAGAAGAUGAAUUUUCUCUGGUUUUGCUUCUUAAUGAAGGCUGUGCGAAAGGAAGAGUUAUAUCGUUACCUUAUGAAGAUGCAUCUAAGCUCGAACGCUGA